AAGCGGGUCCCAGAGCCGGCUCCGUCAUUCAGUUCCUGUAUUUCACACUGUGCUCCCACUGUUGAAGGAUAAUGGCCCGGACCAAGCAGACAGCGCGCAAAUCGACCGGAGGGAAAGCUCCUCGCAAACAGCUGGCGACCAAAGCGGCGCGGAAGAGCGCUCCAGCCACGGGCGGAGUGAAGAAGCCUCAUCGCUACAGGCCCGGCACCGUGGCUCUGAGGGAGAUCCGGCGCUACCAGAAAUCCACCGAGUUGCUCAUCCGCAAACUGCCCUUCCAGCGCCUGGUGCGGGAGAUCGCUCAGGACUUCAAGACAGACCUGCGCUUCCAGAGCUCGGCCGUCAUGGCCCUGCAGGAGGCCAGCGAGGCUUACCUGGUGGGGCUCUUUGAGGACACCAACCUGUGCGCAAUCCACGCCAAGCGAGUCACCAUCAUGCCCAAAGACAUCCAGCUGGCCCGCCGCAUCCGCGGGGAGCGCGCCUAAACUCCACCUCUCCACCAACAACAAACGGCUCUUUUAAGAGCCACUAAUCCGGCAGAAGAAAGAGUUGUGGCUUUCUGUUUGAUGUCCUGUUGCAUUAAUGUUCUGUUCUUUCCAAAGGCUCUUUUCAGAGCCACCUACAGUGUCUAUCAAAGGGCUGAGCACCGGCUGGGUAUUUCAGUUCAGAAGAUCGCUUCGCGGCAAGCCUCGCCCGCGAUACGCUCGAAAAUAUCGUUGACGAACGAGUUCAUGAUGCCCAUGGCCUUGGAAGAGAUGCCGGUGUCCGGGAUAAUGGAUUCUAAAAGUAGAAGUAUUGGCCCAAGGAGAAUGGCCCGGACUAAGCAGACAGCGCGCAAAUCGACCGGAGGGAAAGCUCCUCGCAAACAGCUAGCGACCAAAGCGGCGCGGAAGAGCGCUCCAGCCACGGGCGGAGUGAAGAAGCCUCAUCGCUACAGGCCCGGCACCGUGGCUCUGAGGGAGAUCCGGCGCUACCAGAAAUCCACCGAGUUGCUCAUCCGCAAACUGCCCUUCCAGCGCCUGGUGCGGGAGAUCGCUCAGGACUUCAAGACAGACCUGCGCUUCCAGAGCUCGGCCGUCAUGGCCCUGCAGGAGGCCAGCGAGGCUUACCUGGUGGGGCUCUUUGAGGACACCAACCUGUGCGCAAUCCACGCCAAGCGAGUCACCAUCAUGCCCAAAGACAUCCAGCUGGCCCGCCGCAUCCGCGGGGAGCGCGCCUAAACUCCACCUCUCCACCAACAACAAACGGCUCUUUUAAGAGCCACUAAUCCGGCAGAAGAAAGAGCUGGGGCUUUCUAAUG